CGAUUUAUAGAUCGUAUCCAGGGCAACGCGAAAGUGCACGAGAUUGGCGACUGGCUGUGUCACGAGAUUUUACUUUGUUGACUUCCAGUUCUUCUUUUUCAAAGUCUUGAUGGCAGUCGAAGGAAAGUCGUUUGCACAACCGCAGCUUGAGUGCAAGUAAAUCAGGUUUAAAUAACAGAGCAAGCCAGUGAGAGCCAGAAUGGCCAACGGCGGGGAAGUGAGUGAGAGGACCCCUCUUUUGGACUCCAGAAAGCCCUCGACCCCAUCCGUUUUUGAGGGACGUCGACUGGCCUGUGCAGCCGUCCUCCUGGCUGAAUCCUUCGAGAGAAUUGCCUUCUAUGGAAUCAUAUCAAACCUCGUCAUUUUCCUGAACAAUAGUCCAUUUUAUUGGGAGGGAGCCCAAGCCAGUCAGGCACCUCUCAUGUUCAUGGGCAUUACCUACCUGAUCUCCCCAUUCGGAGGGUGGCUGGCGGAUGCAUACUUAGGGAAGUUCUGCACAAUAGCCACCAGUUUGAUCCUGUAUUUCAUAGGAAUUAUAUUGUUUCCAUUUCUUGCAAAUGAAGACACAAGAACAAACGUAUGCGGGGAAGAGACUGCGUUUCCGGUACAACCAGCUGAGUGUCUCAGCACAAAUGCCACAAUUCCAGCGAAUGUCACCUGCCCUGUCAGAGAACCCUAUUGUCGCCCAGUUGUCUACAGUGGACUGUUUUUAAUCGCAUUAGGGGUGGGCACUGUGAAGUCGAACAUCACACCAUUUGGAGCUGACCAGGUCAAAGAUAGGGGGCCUGAGGCGACCCGCAGAUUCUUCAACUGGUUCUAUUGGUGUAUUAAUUUGGGAGCCAUAUUAUCACUUGGAGGUGUGGCCUACAUCCAGCAAAAUGUCAGCUUUUUGCUUGGCUACAUCAUCCCGACCGUGUGCCUGGGGAUUUCAUUCCUGGUCUUCCUUCUGGGUCGCACUGUGUUCAUCACCAACCCGGCUGACGGCAGCGCCUUUACAAAUAUGUUCAAGAUACUCAGCUACGCUUGCUGUUACAAGAAACCAAAGGAGCCCAGCAUGACUCGCAACAAACCAAGCUUAUUAGACGGUGCCAAAGUGACCUACGGAGGGAUAUUUCCAGAGGAAAAAGUGGAAGAAGUGAAGGCUUUGGUGAAAAUCCUUCCAGUCUUCCUAGCCCUGAUCCCCUAUUGGACUGUAUAUUUCCAGAUGCAGACAACGUACAUCCUGCAGAGCCUCCACCUGAAGAUCCCUGAUGCGGCCCCCAACAUUACCACUGAUUCCCACCAGAUGAUGUUCCACUUCCCGGCAGCAUGGCUCACCAUGUUUGAUGCAGUGCUCAUCCUUAUGUUGAUUCCCCUGAAGGACAAAGUGGUGGACCCCAUUUUGAGGCGACGAGGCCUGCUGCCGUCCUCUCUAAAGAGGAUUGCAGUCGGGAUGUUCUUCGUAAUGUGGUCAGCUGUUGCAGCGGGUAUCCUCGAGACAAAACGCCUGGAGAUUGUCAAAACAAAAGUCAUUAACCAGGUGGUGGGCAACGUUAUCUACUUCGCGGCAGAUUUACCCAUCUGGUGGCAAGUGCCUCAGUAUGUGCUGAUUGGAAUCAGCGAAAUAUUUGCCAGCAUUGCAGGUCUGGAGUUUGCUUACUCUGCAGCCCCGAAGUCAAUGCAAAGUGCCAUCAUGGGUCUCUUCUUCUUCUUCUCCGGCAUUGGAUCCUUUGUGGGAUCAGGUCUUCUGGCUCUUGUCUCGAUUAAGGCAAUCGGCUGGAUGUCAUCCCACAAAGACUUUGGAAACAUCAACGAGUGUUCUCUGCACUACUACUUCUUCCUCCUGGCGGGGAUCCAGGGCGUCACGUUGCUCGUCUUCCUCAUCGUCUCGGUCAAGUACGACAAGCAGAGGAUCAGAGCGGCAGGUCAGAGGCACCGACACCUUUCAUCUUGAGCGCCCUCGCCUGACCUCCCUGGUGUCUCCCCACUGCACCCAAAGAGCCUGUUCACAGAAACUAAUCUGAUGAAUCUUCCUUAUUCACAAUGUUUUUCUGAAGUGCGUUAUGGGUGGUGAUGAGGAAUUGACCAUUUUAAUGGAGCAGAUCAGGCUUUUCUCUAUUUAUGUUUGCUUUAAGUGCCAAUUGAGUUAUAAAUAUUAUGCUGUUUUAAAUGUGCUUUCUGUCUGCUUAUAUAUCGAACUCCUUUCAACUGAUGCUCGAAUAAAUACUCGCGUUUUCCAUCUAGUGUUUAACGUUCUUAGUCACAGUCUCACACGCCGAGCUCUGAGAGAGCUCCCUGAAAAUCCAAUGCACUUUAACUGUAAGGGUCAAUUUAUACUAGCGAUUGUUGUCACGUGUAUUUGUUUUUAACGUUCUGACCGAGAGCGGCGCCGUGCCUCUCAUUUCAUACUGCAAGCUGUUUCAUCAAACCUCGACCUUUUAAACACUCCUUUUCAAGAAGUCUACAGGUACAACUCAAGCAAAUGUGAAAUUCUGAUUCGUGCAGCGCUGUCUCAUAUUUAGACUUUUAAAUGCUUGUUUUUAUUCUGUGUCAUGUUUUCCUUUUCAAUGUGUUGAUGACGCUGCGAUGCGUUCUGCUUUUCAAGUUGCAAGAGAAGAUUCUCGUGUGUUUGAUUCGUCCGGCCGCUGUUUUGCACACAAUAUCGGACACUCAGGGUGUGAGGAACCGUGUCACUCAUGAGUGCCUUUGAGAAUUCAUAUCAGCCUUUGGUACGACAAGCUUGCUCACAGCGUGCCUCUCGUGAUUGACUCAUUUUGUUGCCAGUCAUUCGGUGCCUUUUGUCAUCUCAGUUGUAAAAUCCCUGUAAAGUUCAUUUUGGAAUUACUGUAUAUUCUCUCUUGAUCAUGCAGCACAAACUGGAUGUUGUUUUGAAGUGUAUAUGUUGCCAUUAAAGUUUGUUUCAUGAGUCGA